UGAAGGGUACGAAAAGUUGGGCUUUACGCUGGACACUAAAGAACAGCGUCUUCACAUAGCCGCGGAGACGAUGGGCGGGGAAAAUGGAACGGUGACAGUUGCAUCUUUCGAACCGGAUGGCGAUGUGAAACGAAAUGUGUCGUUCGUGGCCGCAGUGGAAGGAAAACCUGUCAUCUCACUGUCACUAGACCUGUAUCGUCCUGACAAGUUUUUGGAUACAGCCAACGCCUACUGUAUCGACCUGGGAAAGGACUUCAAGGAUGGAGUUGACUUCGCCAAGCGUUUGGAAGAAGCGGUGGAUAGGAUCAAAAAUCCUAGCGCAUCUUCCGUGGAAGAUGGUGAUGAUGAGGGAAGCCAGGCAGAAGAUGACACAGAUGGUAACGGAGCAGAACCUCACACGACGGAGAAAGGACGCGACACCGAAGAGGCGGAGUCAGAAGGUCACCCGGACUCGGAGAUGGAAGAGAUGGAUGGGUAAGUACAUCGCAUUGUGGCAUUUACCCCCGCAAGAGAUCGCGUAAACAUAGUCUCUACCAGACUCUAGCCUGGCCGAAUGAUAAUAGCGGACUUUUGUGAUUUGAUUAGUUUUUUGUGCGUCUUUCACGAAGACUCUUUUUGCAUGACCGAAACCUGCCGGUGGGGAUCAACCCAGCAUGGAGAUGAAUAUUGUAGAUGGCAAGUAAAAACACCACAAAAAACGAACCGCCCUCGAACAUUACUUACUGGCAGUUAGAUAAAGAUCUCCGGUGAAUCGGAGACUUCUGGAGCUAUUAUUGAAUGAAUGAAGACCUUUAUUGCACAUUGUUGCCAAACCGGGCUAAGUACAGGUCACAACAAGACAUGU